AUGCGGAACCGCAGAUAUGAAGGAACCAUGGAUACAGAAGAACCAUAUGACAUUAUAAUAUGUAGAAAGAUAGGUGUAAACACUGAAGAAAGAAAGAAUGAGACACAGAACAAUAAAACAAGUACCUCAGUUUCAAUACAGCAAUCAAAUGCUGAUAAGCAUCGCCAGCAGAGAGGAUACUCAAGAUUCAGAAACAACGUUGAGGAAAGAAAUGAUAAAAAGCCAAACCAAGAACCUUUUGGAUUCGCGUCUGGACAAAGCUCUUUAAACAGACAGCCUUUAAAGAAGCAGGAGAAGUGCAAUGAAAAUUCUAAAGCCCAAGCAGUGAUGAAUCAAGGCCAAUCAGAGAGGAACCAACAUCAAUCGGAAGGAUCUCAAGGCCAAUCAGAAGAAAAUCCACACUAUUCAGAGAGAUCUCGAGGCCACUCAAAGAGGUCUCGUGGCCAAGAAGAGAGAUCUCAUGGUCAAUCAGAAAAAUCUCGUGGCCAAGAAAAGAGAUCUCAUGGUCAAUCAGAAAGAUCUCGUGGCCAAGCAGAGAGAUCUCAUCAUCAAUCAGAAAGAUCUCAUGGCCAAGAAGAGAGAUCUCAUGGUCAAUCAGAAAGAUCUCGUGGCCAAGAAAAGAGAUGUCAUGGUCAGUCAGAAAGAUCUCGUGGCCAAGCUAGAGAUCUCAUCAUCAAUCAGAAAGAUCUCGUGGCCAAGCAGAGAGAUCUCGUGGUCAAUCAGAAAGAUCUCGUGGCCAAUCAGAAAGUUCUCGUGGCCAAUCAGAGAGAUCUCCUGGUCAAUCAGAAAGAUCUCGUGGCCAAUCAGAGAGAUCUCAUGGUCAAUCAGAAAGAUCUCGUGGCCGAUCAGAGAGAUUUCAUGGUCAAUCAAAGAGAUCUCAUGGCCAAUUAG